AUGGCCUCUCCUUCCAGUUCUCCGAGGCUACCAAGCCCGCCGCCUAUCGCUGAAGACCAGAUCUCACCCAGCGCAGGUCUCGACAGCGAAGAGAGGAUGCUGGGAGCUUCACACAAGGCCGACAUGGACGCUUCGAGGAGGAUAAGGCCCGGCACAAGGGCUGAGGAUAUGCAAGAGGGUCCUCCGCUAGUCGAACUCCACCAAAUCGAUUCGGCCUUCCAACUGACCGAGCAUCUCAAAGCUCUGCACAACGAACACACUCAAUCAUGCCGUAUCGCCAUAGACAAAGCCACAGCCCAAUCGCUAGCCCAACCACCGCCUGGUGUCGACCGAGGAAUCUGGUUGUACGAGUUGUGUCGCUUCCUCACUCAGAAAGCAAACAUGAUGGCCUGCGGUCUCUUCGCCGAUGAUCCUCCCUGUUCCGCUGCCACAUGUCCCGAGAUGCGCGCAAGCGAAUGGCAGUACCUCUGCGCCGCCCACGAACCUCCCAAGUCCUGUUGCGCCAUUGACUACUGCUGUCACACCCUCGAUUGGUGCGCCACCGCUCUGACAUCGACCAAGUUGUUCCCCAGCAGACUCGGCCUGGGCACUGAGACGCUCUCGGCCCAAGCACAAAUCCGUAAAAUGACCGAAGUCUUCCGCCGUGUAUAUCGUAUCUUUGCCCACGCUUGGUUCUCUCACAGAGAUGUCUUUUGGAGGGUAGAAUCAAAGACGGGCUUGUACUUGCUGUUCAAGACUGUCUGCGAUGAGUACCGCUUGAUCCCCGAAGACAAUUACACCAUUCCUCCCGAGGCAGAGGGUAUCGAGACCACUCCCAUUGCUACUCGUGCUUCUCCGAGCAUCCUACAGAGAGAUCCUGCUGAUUCCGAGCCUGCUGGAAACAUAACACUUGCCACUGGAAACACCACAAAAAGACACAGACACACAAUGAGCCACGACCGUUCCGUGUCUGUUUCGACUGUCAUUCACGAAGAGGUUGAAGAGGAUGAAGACGGCGAACAGCCUACUGGACACGGUCCUCUCUUACUCACACGAGUCGACACUGCCCGCCACGGCGAAGAACCCCCUCACCAAGAAGAACAGGACCAGGAGAAAGAGCAAGAGAUACCCGCCGAAGAUCCUCCACCUUAUGCAGAAGAUUCUGCUGUAGAGCAACUUGAAAAGUCGCAAUCUGAAGAACAAGAGCCGACCGCCAACACCGAGAAUGAUGCUGGAGAAGCUUCCAAUUCACAACCCACAUUAGACGCCGAAUCGGAAGCUAAGAGCGAGACCAGUGAAUACCCGUCAAGUGAUCCUCCUUCGUAUGCCGAUGUAGCUUCGGCUGCCAGCACUUCAGAUUCACCAGAAGAUACUGCUUCCGCCCCUGCCGCAUCUGAGGAAUCGACCACAGAGUCAGCACCGCCUGUCGAGGUAGAGUCGGAUGAGGCAGCCAAGCAAGAAGAGACGAAAGACACAGAGGCGAAGUCAGAGCCCAAGACCGAGACCGAACAAAACGAUGCAUCAGCAAAAGAGCCUGCUAUUGUAGCGAAGGACGAAGCCGCUCCUGAGCCUGCAGAGGUCGCCGAAGCAGAUGCUGCAGAUGAGACAGAGGCAACAAAGACUGUUGCCGACUGA